AUGCUCUCUGUUGGGUCCUAUAAGUACAUAAUUAAUGCUGCUUAUUUUCCUCCUCUAAGUCCACCUUUUUUAUUUGAAAAUUUUAUGUCCUUAUUGGAAACUACAUAUCAACAACAUCCUGAACACACAUUCUUACUCUGUGGAGAUUACAACUUGCCUGAUAUUUCCUGGUCUAAUGAUUCACAUGGCCUUACUUAUACUUCUUCCUCCCCUCUUCGUGUGCCUUGUGUUCCUGAACUACUUGCCUUCAAUGGGUUCUACCAAAAAAAUUCUGUUUUAAACUCUAAAGGUUCCAUUCUUGAUCUAAUUUGUUGUAACACCGAUUCCGUUAUCGUUUGUGAAUCUCUUGAACCGUUUGUUCCACCUGAUCCUUAUCACCCACCUCUUAAUAUUUCAUUACAUAAUAUCUCUACCUCUACUACGUUAAAUAACUCGCAUUCCUUUCACAACUUCAAAAAGGCGGAUUACAAUUGUAUUAUACAUUUUGUGUCUUCCUACGAUUGGGUCUCUACGCUAUCCAACCUUGAUUUAAAUACUUCGGUUAAUACCUUCACUGAUUCUCUUCACAGUUCAAUUUUGAGGUUCGUCCCUCUGUCCCACUUUUAUAAAUCAACUUUUCCUUCCUGGGUAUCCAAAGAUCUCAAAACCUUAGUUUAUCGUAAAAAUAAAGCUCAUGCUAAGUUUAAAUCUACAUUUGAUCCUGCUGAUUAUAGAGUCUUUUCUCUACUCCGUGCAAAAUGUAAAUACAUGUCUAAAAAAUGUCACAAAACGUUUGUUGAGCAGUCAGAAAAAUCGUUAUCCUUGAAUCCCAAGAAAUUCUGGGAUUUUGUACGUAGGAAUCGUUCUCACAAUGCUGUUCCAAACAUAGUUUCCUUCGAUGGUGUCGAUAGUUCUUGUAUUCAGGAAAGUGUAAAUUUAUUUUCUAAACAUUUUAGUUCUGUCUACUCUUCAAAAUCAACUAUCCCAAACCUCCAGUCUUUAGAUUUACCAUUUUUCGACUUACCAAACAACUGUUACUUCACCCCUAAUAAUGUUCUCCUCAAGCUUAACAGUCUGAAAAAUGUGUUUUCUUUAGGACCCGAUGGGAUACCGGGUGAUUUCCUCUACAGAAUAAGAUAUGUUAUUUUCUAUCCUCUUUGGUCUCUAUUUCGAAGAUCCCUUGAUGAAAGUACAUUUCCUGACAUGUGGAAAAUCGGCUCUAUUACUCCCAUUUUAAAAUCAGGCAACCCAUCACUAGUCACAAAUUAUAGACCAAUUUCAAUUCUAGGACAUAUAUCUAAAAUUUUUGAGUCCUUAGUCCUAGACUCAAUCCAGCCUUUUGUUAACAUGAUUUUAGCCAACGAACAGCACGGUUUUCGCCCAGGCAGAUCUACGGUUACUUGUAACCUUAACUUUUCCAAUUACAUACACGGUUCUUUUAAAGAAGGAUUUCAAGUUGAUGUUGUGUAUACCGACUUUGCUAAGGCGUUCGAUUCAGUUAAUCAUGAGGUUCUUAUUUCUAUACUUCGUGCUUCUGGUUUUGGCGAUCCCAUCCUAUCUUGGUUUAAUUCAUUUUUAUUAAAUAGAUCGCAAUGGGUUAAUAUGUUCAAUACAAAAUCUGACAUAUUUUUAUCUACCUCUGGUGUCCCCCAAGGUGGACAUCUAUCACCCCUUCUUUUCUCUUUGUUCGUUAACAGUGCUUGUACCUCCCUUAAACACAGCCAACUACUCUGUUUUGCUGAUGACAUGAAGAUUUUCCUUAAGAUCUACUCGGUCGAUGAUUGUCUCAAACUCCAGGAUGAUCUUAAUAGAUUCUCUGCCUGGGCAGAAACUCUUGGUCUUACAUUAAAUGUUAAUAAAUGCCGGUCAAUGAUAUUCACCAGAAGUCGCUCUCCUAUCACUUACUCCUACGUUCUGAAUGGCUCUAGUUUAAUUCCCGUUGAUUCUAGCAUUUGUGAUCUUGGUUUUACAUUUACUUCCUCUCAUUCUCCUCGUGCCCACAUCGAUAAAAUUACUUGCAAAGCUCUCAAGGUUUUGGGUUUCAUUAAAAGGAUAUCUGGUGAAUUUAAACUCACCAGCUCUCUCAAAUCCAUCUAUUGUGCACUUGUACGCCCAAUCGUUGAAUAUGGCUCUAUUGUAUGGGAUCCUCAAACUGCUGAUGCCUGUUUUCAACUCGAACGUGUUCAGCGUAAAUUCUUAUGCUAUAUGAAGCAUAAAUUGAAUGUUAACUGCCCCCCUCAUGAUUAUACUCCUCUACUUCGUCUCAUGAACUUAUCUUCCUUAGCUGACCGUCGCCGCUCUCAUGCUCUUGCUUUUCUUAAUAAAAUCUUAUCGGGAUCUGUUGACUCCCCUUCACUCCUUGCUCUAAUUAACUUUAAAGUUCCAGUUAAGUGCACCCGCAACACACAUACUUUUUUUAUUCCGCAUUGUCCUACAAAAUAUUUACAAAACGAGCCAAUAAACCGUAUGAUGAAAUUAGCCAAUGAGGACCCGUCAUUUCUUCCAUAA